UACAAUUAAAUCCACGCGUAUAAAAGGCGAUCGUGACGGAGAAAGGUGCAUCAUUCGCAGUGUACCAACAAAGGCAGCAGCACAAGUGUCUCUCGUGUUAUUUCGUGACUAUCUUGCCAGUGCAUUUUCCGUGCUCAAUUCACAGAGAUUCUACUUCAAUUCGUCUCAAAGUGCAAAGGAACAACCACAAUGAACGCCAUGCAGAAAAUCAUCGCUAUUUUGUCUGUGAUCGCACUCACUUCGGCAUCCAUUGAUGAGGGCAGCCACAGCCACCAUCAUCACGACGUGCACACAACACACUCCGAAGUGGAGAAGCACGUCCCUGUUCCUGUCUAUGAGAAAGUCGGCGUUCCCAUUCCCCAUCCUGUCCCCGUUGCAGUUCCCAACUACGUCAAGGUCGGCAUUCCGCAGCCCUAUCCAGUUCACGUGACUGUUCAGCAGCCCAUCCAGAUCCCGAUCUACAAGGUCGUGCCGCAGAUCAUCGAGAAGGCCGUGCCGGUGCCGGUUGAGCAUCCCUAUCCCGUUGAGAUCCAGAAGCCCUAUCCCGUGGAGGUGAUCAAGAAGAUCGAGGUGCCCGUGCCCAAGCCCUAUCCCGUCCCCUUCACCGUCUACAAGCACAUCCUGCAGAAGGAGAAGGCCGACCACAAGGGAUGGCACUAAAAGGCUGAUUUUGCUUGCCAAUCCACUGACAAGUUCCUGUUGCCACAGACUUUUGUUACGAACAUCUUGUUGACUAAUUUUAUAUGUACAAGAAGGAAAAAGAAAUAAAGAAUGUAAAUAAUACAGA